AUUAAGCUAAUGCCAACGCUGCUCUUGUGUCUUCCAGGUUGACGACGCCAUGCUUAUGUUUGAUAAGACUACUAACCGACAUAGAGGAUUUGGUUUCAUAACUUUUGAGAGUGAAGACAUCGUAGAGAAAGUCUGUGAAAUUCAUUUUCAUGAAAUCAAUAACAAAAUGGUAGAAUGUAAGAAGGCCCAGCCCAAGGAGGUGAUGUUCCCGCCAGGUACGCGAGGGCGAGCCCGGGGUCUGCCCUACACCAUGGAUGCCUUCAUGCUGGGGAUGGGCAUGCUGAGUUACCCUAACAUCGUGGCAACGUAUGGCCGUGGAUACACUGGAUUUGCACCCAGCUACAGCUACCAGUUCCCCGGCUUCCCAGCGACGGCAUACGGACCGGUGGCGGCGGCGGCGGUAGCAGCAGCGCGUGGCUCAGGUAGGGGGGCCCGUGGAAGAGGCGGCUACUUGGCGUACCCACAGAGCACAGGGCCAGGCCUCCCCGAUUAUGGGUUUUAUUCUGCGCCCAGUGACCAGAGGGGGGGGCCCUGCUCCUUUGCUGACUAUGGCUCCCUGGGGCCCCAGGCGGCUCAGAUGCUGCACAGUGAGCAUGCCACCUCCGCCUGCAACUCCCCCCUACAGCACCUACACAGCCCGGAUCAGUUUAAGAACCCAGGCACCAACCCGUCGAGGCCCGGCGGUUUCCCCGGCGCUAACAGUCCAGGGCCUGUGGCUGACCUGUACGGACCUAGCAACCAGGAUUCAGCCGUGGGGAACUACAUCAGCGCUGCUAGUCCUCAGCCCGGCUCUGGGUUCGGACCCAGCAUUACUGGCCCGUUGAUUGCGACAGCUUUUACAAACGGAUACCAUUGAACAGGUGGCCGGUUGCUAUCUCAUCAGAGCAGAGUAUAUCUGGUGGCCCGGGACAGACAGGACGGAGUUUCUAAUUGGCUUUGUGUGCAGGUGAUGAUUAUCCAACUUCAAGCACUACAGCGUCACCGAUGGCUAAACGAGCGAAAAGCGGGAACCAUGUGAAGAAGAAGGAGAAGAAGAAAAAGAAGAAGAAGAGAAAAAAAAACGUUUGUCAUCUCAGAAAAACAAACAACUGCUGUACUAUAACCCAAACCUCCUAUACCUUUACAACCUGGUUUGGUAUGAUGUUCCACGUCAACUUCACUCACCGAUUUCCUUCUUCCCUUAGCGUUUUGUUUUUGAUUACUUUCUAGCGUGUCGCCUGAGUUCAACCUCGACUUUUUAUCUUCUUGUAGUUUGUAAGUGCAUUUUCUGAUUUUUUUUUUGUUGUUGUUUUGUUUUUAAAGUACGGCGGGUCAGAGCCAAGAAUAUCUGCAAGUCACGUCUUCAUCUUCGUGUUGGUUAGUGUAAUGGCAAAAAAAAAGAAAAAAUGAAACAAAAGUGGUUGGGAUAGUUCCAUUCGGUCUUUCAGCAAAAAAAAUAAGCUCAGUAUGGUCGGGCUUGGAGGA